CGAUCCUUUUUUCUUUUCGCCUACAACUGGCCAAUCUCCCCGGCAGGCGACGCCGGCUCCCAGGCCUCAAGAAACUCUCUCAAGGAGAGAGACCGGCCGUCCACGGUACCCCGCCAAGCCCAAUCCACAGCCAUGACACUCCUCACGGAGCUCCCUCCAGAAAUCAUUCAGCACGUCCUCGUCCAUGUGGCGCCACAGGAUCUCGCCAGUGUGCCUCAGGUCUGCAAGGCCCUCAGCUAUGCCGUGCGGGACAACGCGCCGCUCUACAAGGCCGUCUACCUGGCCCAUCUCGACACGCCGCCACCAGAGAUCGCCCCCAACGUACAGUGGGAGCAGCAGCUCAAGGACUUUGUAAGACUACAAGUCGUCUGUGGGCGAAAAAGAGUGAAUGAUAAGAAGAAGGAGCUGCCAUUCGUGUACGACACGGUCACCACGCUACUCAGAAACGCAACCACAAAAGGCUCGAGGGCUUCCACCUCGGCCACGCAUCCGGUUUCUCGCAAUGCCCAGGUGCUCGCCUCGUUAUUCGCCGACGAGACGAGCCAGGCAGCAUUCCUGUGCAGGUCGUCCAUAUACGAGCGUGCUCGGGCGGAGACCAUCUACAAGUCCAACAGCAACAGCAACAUCCGCGGCAGCAAUGGUGGCCGGAACAACAGCAACGGUGGUGCUGCUACCGGAGGUUCUGGAAGCGAUAACAGCAACGACAGCAAGGACGAGAUUAUUGAACAGGAUCCGCGCAAGACGGACCGCAUGCGCAGCGCAAAGCUGCAUUGCCUGUACGGCAAGCCGGUUCAGUUCGCUCAUCCAGAGUCCCACCGCACACGACAGAGCCGGAUGCGCCCCUUUGCCUGUUCUCGCGUAUAUGACCUGCGACAGUACACGCCACAGACGCAGUGGGGACCCUUUAUGGGUGGCAGCGGCACAAGCGAGGAGGGCGGCGACGCCACCUUGAAGGUGGAUUGGGAGAUGGUCGAAGCUAUCAUGCUUGUUCUCGGCGCGAACCUCGAGAAGCUCGGGCUCGAGUCGUUUCCGAUAUACAAGAACUUCUGGGCCACGCCCUUUGCGGGCGUGUGGCCAAACUCGUACAUGGGCUUGCCGAUGCUCGCGGAUGACGAUGACAAGGACGAAAAUGGAGAGAAGCGGGUGCAGUGUGAGAACUGCUCGAGGCCAAUCUCGAUGCCCCCACAAGCCCUCCGUUCGCAAGCAGACGACGACGAGGACAGUGAGGAAGAAGUAGAUGCAAAUGGCGAGAGGAAGAAAAAGAGGCCUCUGGACGACCCGUAUGGCAUCAACGGCACCUGGCUCCGCGUCGUGUGCUUCCUCGACUAUAACGACUUCUUUGCAUACAACUUCGCCCAGGAACCGCACCCUCUACCAGCUGACGUGCCGCGGCCAGCCAUCGAUGUGGGUGAGGCCACGAGGUUGAUCCUGAUGAAAAUUGCGGUUACGGAAAUUGAGGAGCCUGGCCCUGACGACGGGCAGGAUAUGCCAGUUGUACACUUCCGGGGUAUCUCGCGGUCGCUGGACGACACCUGGGACGAUAAUGCGAACUCCGAUCUGGCAGGCACUGUCAGGAUGACAAAGGAAGGCGAGGUACGAUGGACAACAGUCUCGAUAUUCGGGGGUAUUGAGCGGUGGAAGAGCGAGAGUGUGCAAGUUGGUGGCGUCAAGUCUUCUCGCGGCGUCCUGGGAAACUGGUUUGACAGAGAUUACGACCCGCGUGGGCCCGUUGGACCUACUGCGUUUUGGAAGAUUUCAGACCGGAUAGCAGCCAGCAACCACGAGCAGCGCGUCAUGCUCAACGACUUCCUGCCCAUCAUCGAUGUUGCGAUGGACGAGGACUAUGAACCUAUUACCGACGAUGAAGAAGAUGAGGAGGAUGAGGAUGAAGACGAUCAAGAGGGAGAGGAUGAUGACGACGAGGCAAUGGAUCACAGUGAUGGAGAUGGUGAAGAAGCCGGAGAUGGCGAGAUGACAGAGGCUGAUGAGGCUGCGCAGGCCGCCUUCCUGGCCAGCCUGCCCGAGAUUGAAAUUAUCGACGGAACCGACAUCGAGAUUAUCGGAUCGCAGAUCAUCUGGACGGAGAGGGACUGACGAUUCGGGCCGGUGCCCUUUUCUGCCUGCUCUUUCUUGGAUGCCACAUUUUACCAUGAGUUCAGGAGUCUGUAUAUGCCUGGCGCCUUUUCUGCCGGGGCCAAAUAGUUUUGGGAGCUUUCACGUCGUUCAGAGGCGGGUCGGAGAUAUCUGGAGGCGAGUCUGUUUCGUCACCG